AUAACAGUCCACAAAAAUGUAUCAGUUUUGGUUGGGUUUCUUUCAUAUUCCUCUCAAUGCCUCAUAAAUUCUCAUUGCUUUUGCAUAUGCCAUUUUCCAGCUAAAGGGGCUAUGGUAACUUGAUGGGUUUGAUAACAAACCUCCUAAGCGAGUUGUUCCUAAAAGCUAACGUUUUAAAGAACCUGUAGGCACUUUCUUGCAAACUUUUUGAGUCAAAUUGCCUCUGAGGCUUAGGCUAUAGGGACCUGAUUUUGAAGGUUUAAACAGCUUGGAACAGUUGUUUGUUUUCCCAUGAAUACAGAAUAAAUGCUAUUUAUUUUAACAUGUCUUAUUUUAAAAAUCUUGUUUAAAAUAGCUAAUUUCUGGCAGUUGAGAUAAAACCUUCCUUUAAAACGACAAGCGGCAUCGUCAGUAAAGAGUAGAGAACUGGCAGGCAUGUGUCUUGUUGCUUGGGACAUAAGUAUUGUGAGAGCAGAAGAACCUUAGCUUGUGUAUCAACUGGUAAGUAAAGCAAGAACUGAUUUGUCUUAUGCUUUUGAAGUAUAAAGUUAUUUAUUUAGCAAUUGGUGAUCUUAGACCAGGUAGGAUGUUUUAGCUUGUCUUUUUAGGUUUAUCCUGGACUUCCUUUGACUGAUGUUUAGUGAUUUCUCUUGCAAAGUUAAUAGCCUUUUAUUCUCAGUUGUCUUUGUGUAAGAUUGUGUUGUGUAGUAAGGAGAGAGGCCUGAUUAGUAUUUUUUGGUUGUGUUUUUUUUUCCUCCAACAGUAAUUCAGGCUCAGAAUUAUUUCAGCAUCUGUUACUGAAUUUUGGCACAGAAAACAGUCAUAUUUGUCUGGAAAAAAUGAGCUGGGUAUGUUUUGGAGUGAGUUUAUUCUUCUUUGUUACUUUAUUUGGACCUAUAUUAAUAGGAAAAUAUGGUUCUUGUGUUAUGAAUUUAGCUUUAUGUAGCAAAUGUAUAUUAAGACAAAAUUCUUCAAUGGUACUUAAAAGUUGUACUCCCACAGAUUACAAUCACACGAAAGACUGCGUUUCACAUCUUUCACAUCUUUUAGUCCUGUCAUUUAGGAUGUUAGUUUGUAACAGUUUUGAGAUGUUUUGGGACAGAAGAUGCAAUGUACAAGUAAUUUUUUCUUAUAAUUUCCUAUUUUGUUCCCUUUACUUAAACAAGUAUUCUUACACUUGAGGUAUGAAAUUAAAACACUUACCUAAAACAUGAGCAAUAACAGGGAAAAGCUGUGACCAGAGUAAGCUUGGGACUAAGCCACUAAGGGACUGAGUCUUGCAAGAGUGUUGGUCUUCAGAAGUCUGUAAUCAGUCCUGUGGGGUUUCUUGGGGAGUGGGGUGCUGGGGGCACCGCUCACAGCACAGGAAACUGCUGUGUGACAGCUUCCUCGCUUCCUAACUAUCAUGGGUGACACAAGGCACUUGUCAUAUGCUUGUCUAAUCACAUUAUCUUUUUUAUUAAGAUGAUGCAUAAUUAAGUGCAAGUAAGUUAAAAGGGCCACAAAUAUGAGUGUAGGUACUAAUCAAAACACUGCAGUCCUGUUCUUAAUAUUCUGCUAGUUUUGCCUAGUUUCCCUUUCUAUAAUAUAUCUGCUAUGCACAGAUACGUACAGUCAUGCAGAAGAAAAAAAUUACUUAGCUUUGUCCUGUAAAGAUAAUAGUCUGGGCAGAAAAUCUAUGCAGCUGUGUUUUAGAGGAAAGCAUAAGUAUUUAAUGUAUCUCAUGAUUAUCCUCAAAAGCCUGCUUAGGCCUAUGGAACUCGCGAUUUGUAAGUCGCAGCGUGUGGUGUAAUGUGCUGUAUUUUGCCCUGGAAAGUAACUAAAUUAUCUGUUUUGUUGAGGUGGUACUGGAUAUGUAGCAUCACAGGAAAAAAGAUGCUGUGCAAGGGCAUGGUUUAUUUGGGAACUUUCAGCAGAAAUUUGGAUGAGUUUCAUCUCCCAGAAGGCACGGCCCCCUUUGGCUGGGUGGCCCCAGGUACAGUCAGCUCCCCUCCUGCUCCCAGGAGCCCAGAGCCACCUGCCUCUGCUCGGGGUGCAGAGGCUGGGGGACCCUGGGCAAUGCCAGCCUGGCCCUGUUUGUUGCCCCCAUACAGUUCAUUGAGCUCUCUUCAUCUCAGGUAUGAGAAGAAGAGGCACUGUGGGAGUCCCUCAGCUGAUUCCCCCCAGCAGAGGCCUUUCCCUCCCCGCUGGGUGCUGCUGGGCAGGCACCUGGAGCUGUGAGGCGGUGCUGGCCCCAGGCCCUGCCCUGCUGCAGGGGUCCUGGCUGCAGCCGCCUGCUUCUUGCACUGCAGAGCGCGGGGAAGGAGGCGCACACAGCAGAGGCAGGUAAAGUGCUGCGGGGCCCUGGCUUUCUAUACAUGCCACAGGAACGCAGCAUCUCUUUUCACAGCCCUCCCCUUCCUUUCCUCCCUCCCUCUGCAGCCUGAACCCCCUGAGCAUUCUCCUAUAGGGUUUAUACGCUGCUGCGUGUAGGGCUUUUUCGCGGAGGUGCUGAGAGCCUGGCUGUGAGGGGGAGGACAGGCACCAGUGGCGCGUGAGGUUAUCGGCAAGACUUCUGAUUAUGAGGUUAGGGUUAGCUUUCUGGUUAUCAGGCUUCAGAUAAGGCUCUGGCUGCAUUGAGGAGGUGGGUGAUAAAAUGUCUAGGAUUUCUUUACAUGGAGGAGCGUGUGUUUGGGGAGCAAGGGGACGGGCAGGCUGUAAGCUCCCCAUAACCUGAGAGUCCUGCAAGGGAAGUCUUAGAGAUCUGGUCACAGCAUACCCUGCGGUGGUGCAGGGAAGGCUCUGCAGGGAGGUGCCAGAUGGGAUCUGCAGAGCCACAGGCUGAUUUGGGAUUGUGAGCACUCUAGGCAACUUCUGUAAAUGGACUAGUUUAACUGACAAAGGAAAAUACUUCAUCCCACAGAUCCUUUUAUCAAGCAGGGCUAUUUCACAGCAGAUCUCUUCUGCACCUGCUAAUUGUCCAUUGAAAUUAGUUGGGAUAAAACAGCACUACCCUCCUUAUAUAUUUCCUUAUAUUACAUCUCCUUCUAUAUUAAUUUGGUAUGCUUUAAUUAAAAUACGCUCCCUGAUCAAAGUGAGUGUGUUGGAAUAAACAAAUCGAGGUUGACAUUAGUAGCAUGAUUUAAACCCUACAGAUUAGCCAAAACUUGCUGCAAAACUGAUAGGGCAAUGGCAGAAACAAACACAAGAAAGUUCAUUGUCCAGGAAACCAGAUACAUCUGAAUGAGAGACUGCAGUGUGGCACUCCCAAAAGAAUUGUUGAAAGGGGUUUCAGUGUGUGUAAGAAAAGUACAGAGGCGCUAGCUUCUUGAAGCCUAAUGAUUAUUUUUUUCAUCAUCCAUCAGUUUGAGUCGCUCCUGUUACCAGUUACAUAUUUGUGUUAGACUGAAGCAUUGCUAGAGGCUGUUGACAGAUGUUCUUAUAAGAGUACGCUGCCAAUACGUGAGUUUAAACAGUCUGAAAAAGGUGUUUCUAAUUAUCAGAUGUUCAAAUCUGUAAUUCAAUCUAUGACAGAGAACAACAACAACAAAAAAAAAAAAACACAUCCAAAUUCAGCAUCAAAAAGAAACGGGGAAAUUAAGUGUAGCAGCAGAUAAGCCUUUGAAAGGAAGGAAAGGGAGAGGAAGCAUAACAAAGUGAUCUUGUGGUCGGAGCAAAGCUGGCUCAUGGGGCCCUCUGUAUCGUUUGUUAAAAAUCAUGGAGUAAUUCCAAUGCAAGAAACUGCAAUCUGCAGAGCAUCGCCUAAUAUCUGAAUUAAUUUGUUGCUUCCCCUGUGGGAACAGUGGUUGGGCAGAGGCAGGAAACCCUCCCUGCAGGGAUCUGCUGCAGCAGGUGAUGGAGCAGGGGAGGGGAGCGUGGCUGCAGAAAUGCCUCUGGGAGGGAGAUCUGCUUGGUCCCCACUUCUUUUCAAUCCUGGCUGUGUGUCAGGCCAAGCAGCUUUGUGCUAUGUAUCCUUGUCCUUCAGGAUGUAGACCAAAUGGAAAAAAAAAAAGAAAUCACAUUGUAUAGGACAACUGAGACUGUCGGCCAUUUCUGACAAGAAUCAGUGACGGCCUGGUGCAAAGCUCUGGGAGUCCCAUUACUGCUCUUCCUUCCAGUUCAUUUAGCUUUUGGUGACCUUCAUGCUGCACAGCACAAGGCAGCAGGGAUAGCAGAAGCUACUAAACCAUGUAUUUCCCUAGAAAGUACGACCUGGCCAAUGCUGGAAAAAUUGAUGGUGUACUUCUCAUGAGUACAAAGUCCAGAGGUUUGAGCAGUCUAAAUGAAGUGGCAUGGUCGUGAACCCACGUGUUGCCUUUCUACUGCUUCAGAAGGGCACAGGUGUAUUUGUGGGGCUCUCUGCAGAGUGAUGGCAUGAGGGAGGCGUGGAGCACUUGGCACUGAUGCGGGAGGCCAUGCCAUGGUACGGAUCGGAGCUCUGCCAGUGGAAGGUCCCAGGGCUGCUCUGCAGUGGUCAUACAGGCAAUUCCAGAAGCUAGGGAAGGCUUUGGGAUUGUUUGGAGUUCUAUUUCUUUUUUUGUUCUCUCUAUUUCUUUUUAUUUUAUAUGAGUAUUUUUUUUCUAACUAAAUUGCAUUUGUCAUAUUUAGUUGGAAUGUGGCUUAGUAAGGAAACAGUGCUGCUAAGAAGAAAAGCAGAAGAGCUGUUAGGUAAGAGGGAACGAAACCUGGCUGCACACAUACACCCAGUAGGCUUGUAUAAAGCGUAUCUCUAUCCUGGAAAAAGGUCUAAAUGGAUAGCUUGGGAGCAAGCACUUUUAGAUCAUUCUGAUCUCAGUCUGCACUCCAUAGGUUAUGCUGGCUCUACUUGAUAGCUCUGGAAGUUUGGGUUGAAUACUGUGUUUUGACUUUGUUCUUUUAAUUUUCCUUUUCACUCCAAAUAUCUUCUGAUUCUAAUAAACACUAGAAGAAAUGCCCAGACUUCUUAAGAUAUGUUUCUUAUUGAUAUUAAUGAGUCCUGCUGAGACUACGCACAGUCAGAACUCUGAAGGUUUGCCUCCGUUACUACAAAAAGCUGUGGAGGAAGUAAUAACUGGGAAAUAUCUGAAUGCUCUCCUCGAUAUACUUCAUUUUCAGAGUUCUAAUGCCUGGACAGCAGAUACGCUUACAAAAGUUAUGGCAUAUUUUCAUGCCCAAGAUGUUGUAUUUACUCUUAGCAGCCUGCAGAUGUCCAUACAAAGUUACUUGCAGAACCUUUUGUACCAGCCUAGGCAGCUGCUGUCCGCGUUUCAGCAGCUUGAUCAGCAGCAGUUCCAGACUGCAAUGAAGUGCCUCUUCAACAGCAGAAAGGACCGUCUUGAAGUGGGAAAUGUUGUUCUUGAUUGGGAAAACACUAGGGAGAGAAUUUUCCAAAGCCCAGGAGUGAACAGGACCUUGUUUCUUAUAACACUGGAGAAAUGCUUUCUGGCCCUGAGGGCUAUGGACUGUGUGGCUAUCCUAAGCCAGAUUUUGCACAUGUCAGCAGUGAACUAUCUCCAACCUGAUGUCAUUGGGAGCCUCCCAAAAGUUCUGCAGGAGGAUGCUUUCAGAAACUUAUCAACAGUAUUCAAGGACCUCUAUGACAAAACCUCAGCAAAUACACAGAAAGCUCUGUAUGGCUGGAUGAGGGAGAUUCUACAAAAAUCCUAUAACACGAGUGAGUUCAAUGAAUCAGCUUCAUGGGUCAGUGCAGAAAAUUUGUGGAUUUUGGGAAGAUACAUGGUUCAUCUGCCUUUAGAAGAAAUUCUGAAAAUUAGUCUCAAUGAAAUAAGACUAUUCAUUAGCUACGACAAUGCAACAAAGCAGUUGGACACAGUGUAUGAUAUCACACCAGAGCUUGCACAAGCUUUCUUGGAAAGAAUAAACUCAUCAGGAUUUGAUAUGAGAAACACUUCAACUAUCUACAGGCUAGGUUUGUUGGUUUGCUUUUAUGAUGACAUGGAACAGAUGGAUGCCACUGUGGCCCGGGCUUUGCUUCAUCAAAUGAUUAAAUGCAAUCAAUUGAGAGGUUUCCAGGCCGAGGUUCAGAAGCUCAAAUCUCAGCUCCUGAAUAUUGCUAUGCAGAACCAGACUUUGAAUGAUAUCCUUGGAUCGCUGUCAGACGCUGUGGUUGGACUGACUUCAGGUCAGCUGGAAUCUUUGUCACCUGAGGCUGUUCAUAACGCUAUUGCGACACUAAACCAAGUCUCUGGAUGGGCAAAAAGCCAAGUUAUGAUUUUAUCCAGUAAAUACCUCUCUUAUGAAAAGGUUUUAUUUUAUAAUAUUAGUCAAAUGGGUGCAUUGGUAACUGGUAUUAGCACCCAGUCAUUCUACAGGAUGAACCCGAAGGAGCUUUCUCAGGUCAUUCGAGGCACAAUAUCCCAACACUCAACAGAUUUAUCACCUGCACAACAACAAGGGAUCCUCAGGAAGAUGGCUUCAUCUAGAGAUUUUUCUUCACCAGUCACAGAUAUACAAGGGGCUUUCUUUAGAGAAAUAUCUCUUCCUUAUUUAUGGAAAGAGAAUGGAUAUAAUUCUUCAGUGAUGAAAGAAAAAGAACUAAGAAGAAGCCAGGCUUUAUAUCUGUACAAGUUAUUGUCUAAGAAAAGCUCUCCUGUUGACCUCCUAAGCACAGGACAGCUUGUGAAAGGAGUGACUUGCCAGCUGAUUGAAAGUAUGGGCACAGACUUUUUUUUAAGCCAUUUUAAAUUCUUUGAAAAGAACCUUCAUCUGCUUUCUCCAUAUCAGGUUAAUUGUUUGGCUUGGAAAUUUUGGAAAGCCUCCAAUACAUCCAUUCCUCCUUUCCUCUUGCUGGUGCUGCCGGUUGAGUACCUGGAGUAUGUUUCAGGCCCCCUGUGUGUCUCUUUCAUUGAAAGCCUUGGGAAAACUGAGGUGGAUCUCUUGAAUCCAAGCCUUCACAAAAAAGAUGCUGUCCUGCAGAAAGUGCAGGAGUGCUUGAAUGGUUCCAUUGCUGAUGAAUAUGAUGUUGACCUACUUGGAAACCUAAUCUGCCACUUACCUCCAACCUUUCUACACGACAGAAUGUCCCUGAAGGCAAUGGCAGCAGCCCUUCAUCAGUUCAAACUCUGCCAACAGCUCAGCCAUGAGCAGAAGACUGAAAUUAAAUACAAACUCCUUGAGUUAUAUGGCUCCCCAAAGAACUGGACAGCUGAAACAACAUUAGAUAUUGGACCAUUCAUAGCUCAGUUGUCAAAAGGAGAAUUAAAUGUACUUGCUGAAAAGUUCCAAGAUAUCAUUUUGCAAAUAGCAAAGACAGUCAGGCCAAUUUCUUCAGCCAAAGAGCUUCUAUCAACUGUAUUUGAAUCCGUCUCCAAUGCCACUGCCAACACUAAACCACCUCUCAUCAGACCAGAUUGCUUGGGAACCAGAGCCCCUUCUUCAGAUGAAAUUAUUAAAUUAGCAGAAGCAAAUGUCUAUUGGUCAGUUCAGGAACUGAAAUGCAUGGAUGCAAGGACUUUUGACAAAAAUGUGGAACGUCUUGGGACUGUCUCUGGUUUUAACAGCUCACAGCUUAUGGUGUUGAAGGAAAAAGCCAAGCAGGUUUGGGGAUCACUGUCAGGCUGGAAGAGUUACCAUAUUGUUUCUCUGGGGCGCAUUGCUCUAGCACUCACUGAAGAUGAAAUUGAAGAGCUGGAUUUACAUCUGAUCGACACCAUUUCUGUAUUGAGUCAGCAAACAGAAUGGACUCCUACCCAAGCAAGAUCUAUUUUGCACAGUUUUCUAGAAGACUCUGGCCAGACAAUGAGUACUUUAAAAAGCUUUGAUUUAGUUGGAUUAGGAGCUAUUCUCUGUGUUCUGAACUCCACAGAAAUCAUGUCCGUAAGGAGUGUUGAAUUCAGUGCUGCUGUUGCAAGAAUUGGCCUGUUGCUGUGUAGCACUCCUGUUCUGAGGCAGUUUAAGAAGAUGGCAGAGUCUGUGUUUGGAGCUGCAACCAGCUGGAAUGGCUCAGUAUUACAGGAGAUUGGUACUAUAGCAGGUGGUUUGAAUGAGGAUGAAUUAAAAGCUUUUGAUAAAAACCUGAUGCCAUAUUUCCAGCCAAUAGCAAUAAGCCACAUACCUGGUGAAAUUUUCCAAGCAUUGUCCCCAGAACAAAUAGCAAACCUGGGCCCUGAAAAUGCUGCCAUGGUUACAGGAUCUCAGCGUAAGCAUCUGACUGUAUCACAGCUUCAGAGCCUUCAGCUGGCGCUGGAUGGAGCCAGGACAAGCACCCCAGAGGUACCCAGCACAGCUUGUGCACCCCCAGUGGGGCAGACCCCAGCUCCAGGCGGUGCUUCCUGUUUGAGUGGCUUCAGCAUCUGGUUGUGUGCCAUGUUCAUGCUGUGCAUGCUUUCCUGAAUCUAUCAUUGCUAAGCUCGUGUGUCCUGGAGCUUACAAAGCAGAUACUAAAGAGAAUGCAGCUCAGCACAAAUAGUAGAAUGAAGAGGUUUUCAAAUGCCUGAGUACAACCUGAUUAAUUUCUUAAAAGCAACACCUUCAUCCAUCAUUGUGAUGUGAAGCAUCCCCUUUUCCUUGCUUUACCGUUAAUGAGUAACACAGGAGUUCCCUCCAAGUGCUUCAGAACACAUUUCAAAACUGGAAAUGCCUUAUGUGUGUCAUGAGAAAAAAACUUAUGCAGUCCUUUUUAUGUUGAUUAAUUUGGUUACACUAUUUUAUCCAUCUGUUCGGUUUUCUUUUUAUACUUUGAAUCAUUCCUCAGGACAGAGGCUGUCUUUCUGUGUGACGUAGUAGAAACCAUGCUGAAAGUUACUGCUGUUGCAAUAAAAUAAUUUCAUCUCUGGGA